UGACCUUCAGUCUGGGACCUUCGAUCGGUCCCGCGGCUUUGGACGGGAGCGCCAGGUGGAGGCUGAGGCUACAGCAGCCGUUAGACGGGCUGCAGUGGCCGGGCUGCGGCAGCAGCGCCAUGACUGAGUCACCCCCGCAGGGAGCGGAGCGCGACCUUUUCCGGGACACGUGGGUGCGAUACCUGGGCUACGCCAAUGAGGUUGGGGAGGCCUUCCGCUCCAUGGUGCCAGCAGCUGUGGUGUGGCUGAGCUAUGGUGUGUCCAGCUCCUAUGUGCUGGCUGAUGCCAUUGACAAGGGCAAGAAAGCAGGAGACGUACCAAGCCCUGAAGCAAGCCGCAGCACCAGGGUGACCGUGGCUGUGGUGGAUACUUUCGUGUGGCAGGCUCUGGCCUCUGUGGCCAUCCCAGGUUUCACUAUCAACCGGGUGUGUGCAGCCUCUCUCUAUGUCCUGGGCACUGCCACCCGUUGGCCUCUGGCUGUGCGCAAGUGGACGACCACUGCACUGGGACUGCUGGUCAUCCCCGUCAUCAUCCACCCUAUUGACAGGUCAGUGGACUUCCUCCUGGACUCCAGCCUGCGCAAGCUCUACCCCUCAGUGGAGAAGCCCAGCUCCUCCUGACCUGGCCUGGGGGUUCGCCCACUCCCUGCUUUGUUCCACCCUCCUCCUCCUGCCAGGGGAUGCGAUGCUUGGCUCCCUGGGGUCCGAGGCCCUGGCACCUGAGUGGGUUUGAGCUGGAUGAAAACAGAGACAAAGGCCUCAAGGAG